AUGGGCAGGAGGCAGAGGGAAAGCAGGGCAAGGGAAGGGGAGGGAAGGAAAAAGGGUGGGGGUGGAGGAAAGACUGGUGGCAAAGGGGAUGCCACGGCGGGUGUCAAUUCCGCGAACGGGGAGGAGGCGGAGGGAAAGCAGAGCAACGGGUUUGACGGCAGCACCGCCCCCAAGGUGGGCAAGGAUAGGAAUGGAGACAAGGCGUUACAGAAGCCGCGACGGAGGGCACAGAAAUGUCGAAGAAAGCGCGGCUUCAAGAAGAGAAGGCAAGACAGUCGCAGGUUUCAUGCGGAUUCUUUGAUGAGCCAUGAUUUAUCAUGUCAAACAGACGUGGCGCAGGCGGAGUGCCUGGACAUCGUACUCGGCACUCGCCUUCACAAUGGUCGCUGGAAUGUGAAGCAACCAGGGUACGGAAUUGUGAUGAAGGUUAACAUGGGUGUAGACCAAAAAGAAGUUGGGUCAUACGACGUGCUAAUGGACCACGCCGAGAGCAUCGUUACGAUGGUGGCGCGGUACGUGGAGGUAGACGUCAAGUAUGCCCGAACGCAUGUUGCACCAGGGAAAGGAUCCCCUGCAGGAGAGAGGGGGAGAUCCAACAAUGAAUUGGUCUCACCUGAGAACAUUUCGAAGGAGGAGGAAAAUAUCCAGAUUCCCGCGGCAACAAACAAUGGCGGUACGUGUGCAGGAGAGGGUGUCGACAUGGGUGGCCUUCAGGAUGGUGGAGAUAGGAGCAGAAACAAUGGACAUGACGACAAGCUAUGCGGGACAAGCGGGAUGGUAUCCGUGAAGAAAGAAGGGGGUCAGAGUCGCAAAAACGGAGAUAACGGCCAAAAGAAGGGAAAGAGUGAUGAUGACGAAAGCGACAGCAGUACAGAUGUGGAGAUGGGAUCGGACAAGAAGGGCAAGGUUCUAAAGCCUGAGGCGGAGGACGAUCCAGGGGGAAGAGAGAUCAUGAGGGAAGCGACGGCGGUUCAGAUGGGGGCAAUGACCCGGGGAGCGAGUACAGCGAAGGAAGCGGGGAUGGUUCGGGCAGUGACAACAGUGACGCUUCGCGGGAGAGGAGAGAAAGGCGGCAAAAAUAACGGAAGCGCAACAGACGGCGAAGAAAGGACGCUAGGAAGGGAAACGGCGCGAAUCGAGUGGGCCGGGGGGAAGCGGGAGGAAUUGCCGAAGUGGGACGUUCCUUUGAUGUGCUCGGUUCUCCUCAAGCGACGUGGGAUGCUGUGUUCGACACACUACCCGAAGACCUCGGGGCUGAGGGGCACCAAACUUUCCGUGUUAACCGAAAAAAAAGGAGCGAACCUGGCAUGUACUGCGAUCACACGCUGGAUGCCCAGGGACGAUUGGUGGAUGUGUUUUGGUCUACCGUCCAACAGCAAGAACAGAUUGCAAGAUUUGGGGGCUGCAUACAGCUCGAUACAACGGUGUUCACGAACAGGUGCACACAAUAUCUUCGACAGGAUACAAGUCUCCACAGCACAUGUGAGACCGCUCGUUACGCUACGCUGCUCAUGGUUGGCGUUUAAAACCCCCUCUCGUCGUUUGUGGUCGCGAGAUUUGGUGCUGCUAGAAAGAGUAUCAAUGCGUCAUGUAACUCGGGCUGACUGUGUGUCUGUAGAUACGGGUGCCCUCUUCUGUUCGUCUUGGGCGUCGACGACGAGAAUCGCAGCUGCAUUUUGGGGCAGGGCCUGCUGCGGUCUGAGUGUGAUCUUGACCGACGCUGAUCUUGCAAUGACGGCUGCAAUAGCCUUUUGCUGGCCAGGGACGAUGCAUUUGCACUGCUUGUGGCACGUCUUCAAGAACGUCCUCAAGAACUGCUCGUCAUCAUUUGCAUACAAUGACGACAAGACCGACAUGAUGCAAUGCUUCAGGAACGAAGCUUAUGCAGCUACCCCGGAGGUACGAUGGCAUUCACUCGUACGUUGCCGCCACACGACGGCCCCGAGAGAAUUGAUUGGUCUACCCCACCCGUUCGCCCGCCACAACGAGCGGUGUUUGGGACCCAAGUGGCCCGGUUGGAGCAACUUGUGGCCGNUUUGCUGGCCAGGGACGAUGCAUUUGCACUGCUUGUGGCACGUCUUCAAGAACGUCCUCAAGAACUGCUCGUCAUCAUUUGCAUACAAUGACGACAAGACCGACAUGAUGCAAUGCUUCAGGAACGAAGCUUAUGCAGCUACCCCGGAGGUGUUUGGGACCCAAGUGGCCCGGUUGGAGCAACUUGUGGCCGGCAAGAAGUGCGAAGGAUACAUAGCGGACUUGAUCAAGAACAAGACCAAGUGGGCGUUCUGCUGCCGACCCACUGUCCUCACGCUAGGCAUGGUUGCUACUCAGCGCACCGAAGGUUUGUUCGGGGUGGCAAAAAGCUCGGGCGUCGAGAAGAAGCUUUCUUUGUGCGCUCUUUGGGAUCGCCUGCAACGUCUCAGCAAGAUGAUUGCCAUAGAGACUGCGAGGUUAGCGACACCCCCCCUUGGCGCUGGCGUGGCCUUCGGGGAUAUCCACGUGGAGAAUUUCUUCAGACCCGUGAAGCAGGAGCUCCUAGCCUGUGGUGCUAGCCAGUACUGCCAGCAAGUAGACGAAGCGCAGUCGUAUGACGCCGAGUUGGUGAGUUCAGGUCGUGUGGAGGAGAACGGGGACCCGCUGCCUUUCCACGAGAACGAUCUCGCCAAGAUUCGCUCAUUGCGCCUCAAGCUCAACGUUCUUCAGGUCGCACCACCUGAUACCGAUCUCGAGGGAGACCAGUUAGCCGGCGAAGCUGCGGUGGACAACACUAUGUGGGCGCGUACGUCGCUGUCAGCCUUCUUGGAUUUGAUCGAGGAUAUACCUAUCGAACUGGUCGUGGCCGUUCGAUACAAGUGGACGGCGAACAGACCCAGCCACCUCGUGGUGUUCGGACCUCACAACUUCCACUUAUGUUCCUGUUUACAGCUAUUGCGGCGCAGACUGCCUUGUAGGCACUACUUUGCGGUGCUUGUCAACCUCAUCGGGAGAACUGGCGAAAGUGACGAGAUGGCCUUCACCCAUACCUUUAACGGCGCAUGUGUCCAUAACCGUUGGCGUCGAAGAGAAGAUGGCAACGAUUCGUCGUGGACCAUCUCAUCGGUGCUGUCGUCGUCAGGCCACUGCGUAGGGUGGGACGGCCAUGACGAAGGCAGAGACGAGAACUACUGGGGACCGACAUGCGAUGAAGUGGUGGAUGGCAUACAUCCUACUGAACCGGGGCGGGCCGCGCAGGAUAGAAGCGACAAGCGUCGAGUCUACGCACACCUGAUAGUGAAGAGCAAGGAGCUUGUAGGAGAUAUAGUGAGGUCCGUGCCCCUGCAUCAAGCGCUGUCCGUCCAGGACAAGGUUGGGGAGUAUCUCCGGUAUCUUCUCAACUCGUCCGCGGGAGGCACAGUCGUCCAAAAUCCUGGAGAGGCGCCCAAGAAGGGGAGGCCGAAAAAGGACGGUCGAAGGCAGCCUCUUCAGCAUCGAUCGGGGGCCAAAGAGGAACCCGGAAACCCGGAGGGGCAGCAAGGAAAGUCCCGUCAGACCAAGAGGAUAAGGGAUUUCAACAACGGGNACAAGCGUCGAGUCUACGCACACCUGAUAGUGAAGAGCAAGGAGCUUGUAGGAGAUAUAGUGAGGUCCGUGCCCCUGCAUCAAGCGCUGUCCGUCCAGGACAAGGUUGGGGAGUAUCUCCGGUAUCUUCUCAACUCGUCCGCGGGAGGCACAGUCGUCCAAAAUCCUGGAGAGGCGCCCAAGAAGGGGAGGCCGAAAAAGGACGGUCGAAGGCAGCCUCUUCAGCAUCGAUCGGGGGCCAAAGAGGAACCCGGAAACCCGGAGGGGCAGCAAGGAAAGUCCCGUCAGACCAAGAGGAUAAGGGAUUUCAACAACGGGCGCCGGUCGACGAAGAGGAGAAAACACGCGGAGGAGAACGACAGUGGAAUUUGUUCCACACGAUUUCCACUGUAUUCCCCGUGUGUCCUGUUCAGAGAGUUGGGGGGCAUAUUCGAAUGUCCGUGUUCCAGGGGGUAA